AUGAGAUCCUUGUGCUACGAGAUAAUUUUGAAGAAGAGUUCUAUUGAAUAUACAUUUUCGAGGAACGAGGCUUCUAUUGAUUUUCUGUCAUAUUGUUUCGAGUCACAGCAAAAUAUUAAGAAUGUUGCUGAAUAUAAGAGAUUUAUAAAGUUGAAAGAAUUGAUGAGCAUCAUGCGCAAAACAGACUUUGGUGAACUUAAAGACACGUUUCAAACUGUAUUGAAACUACUUAUUGGUCUUCAGAAUACACAAAAACCAGAUUUAGCGUCCGAAAUGUUUCAGCAACCUUUUUCAUUUGGUAUUCUUGAUGAGAUGUUACCAAAGCUGCCCAGAGAACCAUUUGGAUCACCUCAACCAUAUCCAUACUUCCCUUCCUAUAUAUUUGAGUUGCCAUAUACAAUCAAAAAACAGGCAAUGCUAUUGGAUAACCGAAAUUCUUCAACUUACACAGAGUACACAGUGGAGAAUUUUGAUUCCAGGUCAUAUCUUCCAGAAAAAACGUAUUCAGAAAUGCGGGGGCUAACUGAUAAAACUUUUAUGAGCCCAAUGUCUCUGGUGUCAAUUUCAUCAACAGGCUACUCUUCUUACACGGAAAAUAAUAUAUUAAACUACCCCAGGCUGACAGCUCCUCGGGAUCUUAAAAUACCAUUUUGUUUAGAGUCUUCAGAUGUCAAGGUGAAAGUUACAUUACCUGCCUCCAACAGUGAAUGUUGUUUAGAAGAAAUGUUCAGAGCCCGACAGAAUUCAGUUGAUAUUUGGGAAAUAGCAACUCAAGUUGAUAAAAAUGUACCUGAUGACAUUUGGGAUGUUGUAUCAAAGAUGCCGCCGGUUACAGAGAGACAGAUAAUUGCAACAUCAGCAAGGGAAGUUGGCUUAUGGCAAAAAACUUACCGUGAUGAACUUGCAUAUUUAAAUGUUAUAUCUGAGAAGCAGUUUAUAAGACACGUAAUGUAUUUAAUAAUUGGAGUCGAAACGAGCUCAUUCCCAUACAGCGAGGAGUCAAACUGUUUCUACAUGAGGGAAAACCUGGUGCUGGAGGGCAUAUCAAAGGAGCACCUUAAAGGCUAUGUGACGGAUUUAUUACUUGUUGGUACAUUUUAUAGGCGACUUAACAAAUUCGCCUUUAAUCAAACUGUUGAAGACCAUUUUCAAAGCAAAGGUCUUGUUCAUGAGGCCGCAAGAGAAGUAAUAAGGCGGUAUCUUUUGGACUUCCGUUUACAAGCGACAGCAGUAUACGAAGAUUGCUGCAAGAAUGUCUCGGAGGGGUUAAAUUGUAUGCCAACGCUAUUGCAAAUUUUGUUUCACAUUGAACCUUUAAAGUAUGAAAUCGAAACGAUCGCCUCUAUUUACAAAAUGAUUGAAUCGGAUCCAAAAACUACAUUACCGCACGGUGCGGAACUUAUGUCAUAUUUGUUCAAUGAAAUAUCGCUGGUGACACAUAAAACAACGGCGUUGACCUUGUUUAACUGUCUGUUUUCCGUAUGCAAAGUUUAUUUCAAAUUCAUCGAGAGAUUCAUCUUCGAAGGUGAAUUAGACGACAGACACAAUGAGUUUUUUAUUCGAAAAGACAAUCAGUAUGUGAAUUCGCGAACUAAACGCUACUGGGAUAAAGGUUUUCAUAUAACAUUCAGUGUUGCCGUCCCGGAGUUUCUUCGACCUCUGGCCAAGUUUAUUUUAUUAUGUGGAAAAUCAUUGAGAUUGCUUAAACUGUGCAAUCCUAGUGACCCGUUAGUUCUUUUAAUAUCAUCCGACCACCCCUCUGUUAAAUGUUGUGCAAGUUUCGAGGACUUGGAGCGUCAACAGCAAGUUCUAGAUGUGUAUAGAACAAGAUGUCUUUUUGUCAGCGGGGAACCAGUGACAUUUGAUCAAAUUUUGUUAAAGAAGGAGGCAGAAAGGAAGGCGUUUACUGAAAUGGCGUCUUUGAAGCAAGCCGAGACUAUGGAGAAGAUAAUUGCGGAAAGGAAACGUUUAGCACAAUUGAUAAUAGCUGAAAAACAACAUUCCUUGCGAGUACUCGAAGCUGCAAUGGCAGAGGCCAAAGCAGCAAAAAACAAAGCAAAACAACGUGAAAGAAGGAGAUAUGAAUUAGAAGAAGCUUUACAGAAAACAACGGAAGAAACAGACUCAAAGUUGAAAGAUGAUGAAAGAAUUAAAAUAAUGGAAUAUUAUUCUAAAUUAAAUAUGGAAGUGGAAAAGAGCAAAAUACAUACAGAAUGGAAAAUAAAAAGGCUGCAGUUGGACCAAAGCAGAAUACAGUUACUAUCAACAGAGGAGAGAAAUUUAAAAAGGGAAAAGUUGGAACUCGAACAUAAACGUAGUGGUGAAAGCAUGGAAAUGUCCGUCGAAAGUCUAGAUUUAAAACCAGAAGAUAAUUGUUAUAACGAUAGUGAAAACAUUGAUGAUAAUCAAACUAACACAGGGAAAAGAUCAGAUUCACAUAACUUGAAUGAUAGUGGAGAUAGUUCACGCAACACCGAAGACGAUUUAAAGCUAGAUAAAGUGCAGAAAGGAACCGAUGUAUUCCAUGCUUUAUAUAAUGUAGCUAAAAGUAUUUUUGGUGUUUCAAAACCGAAAGAAGAUAUUGACUGUGAUAAUAAAAAGGAAUUAGAUUCACAAGGAAACAUUCUAAAUGUUGACCAAGAAAAUAAUCGUGAAAGAAGAGAUUUUACGACUUCCAGCAAUAUUAUUGGCAAAAAGUUAGAUGUUGCAUUUGAUAAUCAAACAUACUUACAAAUGAGAGAACAAGCUAUAAGAAACAAGCACAGAGUAAUGGCACAUGAAUUCGGACAAGCGGACGAGCAAAACAAUCAAUUAAAAGAUCAUAUCCCUGUUGUUAACAUAUCUUCAGUUGACAAAGAAAAUAAUGUUCAAGAAUUACCGUCAUUUUCAGAAGCGAAAAGGAACAAAUUGAAAGUUCUUGGAAGUGAAUUUGGAAUUGUUAAUCCAGAAAUUAGAGAGCGAACUGAACCAAUAACAGACGCGCAAAAAGAGGCUUUAAUAAAUAAGCAAAAAGUUCUUGGCGUUGAAUACAACCUCCCUGCAGAAAAAAUAGUCAGAAAUGAACCUGCUAAUGUCGCUCAAGAAGAGGCUUUGCGUAAUAAAAAUAAGAUAUUAAAUUCAGAAUAUAACACACAACUUGCAAACCUUAGUCCGAGGCAUGAAGCGAGUAAGAAAGCAGGGUUGAGGUUAAACUUGAAGCCAUUUGUUGAAACCACAAACACUAAUAAUCUUGGGCCUAACACAGGGUCGAUCACGCCAGGAGAAUUUUUCCCAAGACUUGACCUUGAAACACCAACCACUGCGGAUAUACCGUUAGACGGUGGAAUGACGAAUGAUAUUUUUACACCUCGAAGUGACGGUAAAGAUUUAGAAACUGGAAAGGUUAAAUCUGAUAAAGAUUACCUAACUUCGGAUGGAUUCGAUUUUUCAAUAAUAGUCGAUGAGGAGACUGGUGCAUCGGAGGCUAUAAGUGAUGUGCGUAUUGAAGAUAGCCCCAAUAACUCCCCAACAAAAACUAGAGAAUUGUCUCAAAUAGAAGACUUAACUAACAAAUACUCGUUUUUCAAUCUGAUCGAUGGGUCGUACAAUUUUGAAAACUUUGAUCCAUUCGGAGUUAAGCAGCUACAAAAUUAUUCAAAAGAUUACUUCACAGAUAAAAUUAAUUACGACAUGAAGACUUCGUUUUACACUCAUCCGGCCGUCAUUAUGGAGGAAGUGAAGAAAAAACCGUAUAACAAUAUAUUCGUUUCGAAUUAUAUUACGGAUGAGGAUGCGGAAUCAAAGAUAGCUGGUAAUAAUAUAGCAACACUGACGGCCUGUUUACAAAGAUCCGUAAUGUUACCACUAACCUAUCAGCUGGAAGUUGUAAAUAAUGCCAUUCUCACUCACUUUCUUGUUAAUUUGGAUAUGUAUGAACAUUUGAGGAGUUUGAAGGAUUAUUUCUUUUUGAUGGAUGGAGAAUUUUCAAGAAGUAUUUGCCAUAAUCUGUUUACAAAAUUAACCAAAACCUUAAAUCCUCAAGAGUUGCUAAAUUUUGCAACGCUACAUAAUAUACUCGACAAAGCUUUGGGAUCUUCUAUAUCACAUGUGCACAAGUUCUCCGAGAAUCUUUCGUUCACAAUCGCCGAAUCUCCCUUAAGUUUCCAGCAUAGUUCGCCGGAUGUUUUACAGUGUCUCUCUCUCACUUACACUGUGAAUUGGCCUCUAAAUAUUAUUAUGUCGCAAGAAGCUUUGCUACGCUACGCCAAAGUGUUCCAGUUCCUUAUCAAAAUGCGACGGGUUUUUUGGGUGCUCAGUGAGGAUUUUGAGUCUCUAAAACUAGCAGCAAAGGUGUCGCGACAGCAUUCAAGAAAAUUGUUAAGAUCACCUCAAUACAUAUCAGUGCAGAUUUAUCGACACAUAAUGGCGUCGCUCAUAAGGGCAUUGGACAACUACAUCGUCACGACUUGCAUAUUGACGUCGUGGAAAGAGUUUGAAAGCGAUUUGAAAAAAGCACGCACUUUAGAUGAUCUCUACGAGUGCCAUGUUGUAUAUAUAAAGAAGGUUCUGUUUAGAUGUCUCCUAAAUAACCGGUCGACGCCCGUUAUGAAGCUAUUGAACGACAUAUUCACAGUUAUAUUGAAAUUUAGUCGAGUUUUAAAAGCAGGCGAAUGGCAACAGAAAGAGGUCAACGCUUGCUUUACUCAUACGAAUUAUCCGCAACUGGAAGAAUUGUUCCAUUUAUUUGAAAAGCUGGCCAAAUAUUUGCACAAAGUUGUUACAAAGCUAAUGGAGUGUGGGUAUCAACGCCAUUUGGUCGAGCUGCUCACGAUGGUUAAUUUGAACGGCUAUUACAACCCUGAUAAGUCAAAGGAAGAACAUAAUACCACUGUUCAGACGAAUUGA